CCGUAGAUUGUCAACAAAUAAUAAACAGGACCUGCGACGUCUUCAAGUACACAUCACCUACCACCCACAGAAGGGAUAAUCUCUGCUCACCACGUACCCUUUGUCAGGCACAUCCGGUCGAAACCUGACAAAUUACAUCCGAGAAAAAAAGGAAGGGCAGAAGAGAAGCUCGAAACACCAUGCCUCCCACCCACCAAUACACCCACAGCCAGAGCUGCCGUCCAAGCCAGAGCCAGAGCCAAAACAAAAGCCGCCACAACCACCUUCCCCGCCACUCCAUCCUUCCCCCUUCCGCAUCCAUGGGCUACGGCGGCAGCACGACCAGCAUGUCCAUGGCCAAAACCCGCCAGUACGCCAACCUGCACGCCCAGCUGGCCCAGCUGAACAGCCACCUCCGCGACACGGAGAACUUGGUCCGCAUGACGGCCGUGCAGGCCGAGGACAUGCGGUUCCUGGGAGGGUAUGUUGGGGCGCUGUUCAUGGGAUCUGCGAAGGUGUUGGGUGAGGAGGGGAUAAUCAAGGGUGACGAAGGUGGUUCUGAUUCUGCUUCUUCUGGUGGUGGUUCUGGUGGUGCGGCUGCUGUUGCUGGGGGUGGUGAGAGUGAGAGUGAGUGAGUGAGGGUCUGGUGUUACUGGGUGUUGGGGAUUGAAGGCUAGGGAUGCGAUGCGAUGCGAGAUUCAAUUGCGAUUCGCUUCGCCCCGUCUACCCAAUCAGCAGAUCGGGAAGAUAACUGGUCAUGUCUAUCUCCUGCUUG